AGGAGGGACGCGCCGCCCGCACCCCAGUUGGUGCGUGGCUGCGGUGUCGGUUGUGCUGUCUGAGUUCUGCGUUUCCACCCGCCGGUAACGAUGCUGGACCGUGAGCGUGGCUGGAGCGUUUCGUUCGCCGGCUGUGGCUUCCUGGGCGUCUACCACAUCGGCGCUGCCACCUGCCUGCAGGAGCGCGCUCCACACAUCAUCCGCGACGCCCGGCACAUCUACGGUGCCUCCGCCGGGGCUCUUGCCGGAGCCGUGCUCAUCGGAGGCGGCUCUCUGGCUCAGGCUUGUGCAGAUGUUCUGGCGUUAGCUAAAGAAGCUAGAAAGCGAAAUCUUGGUCCUCUUCAUCCUUCAUUUAAUGUGAUCAAGAUAAUAAGAGAUGGACUGAUGAGAAACCUUCCAGAAAACACUCACCAGUUAUCAUCAGGCAGACUGUGUAUUUCACUAACCAGAGUAUCAGAUGGCAAAAAUGCAUUGAUAUCUAAUUUUAACUCAAAAGAAGAAGUUGUCCAGGCUUUAAUCUGUAGUUCAUUUGUCCCUAUUUAUUGUGGCCUAAUUCCACCAUCAUUUAGAGGUGUGCGCUAUGUGGAUGGAGGAAUCAGCGACAACUUGCCUCACUACGAAUCUAAGGAUACCAUCACAGUUUCACCAUUUGCUGGGGAGUGUGAUAUCUGCCCAAAGGGCAACUCUGCCAGCCUUCAUGAAAUGAAUGUGACCAACACCAGCAUUCAGUUCAGUCUGGGGAAUCUUUAUCGUUUGACACAAGCACUCUUUCCACCAGAGCCUAAAGUACUAGGAGAGAUCUGUGAACAAGGAUAUUCAGAUGCUCUUAAAUUCUUGAAAGAGAAUGGUAUUCUGAAUGACUCAAUUUAUAUCCACUUGUCCAUCACAAAAAGAAAUCCUCAUGAGGCUGUGCAGCAUACUGACCAUAUGAAGAAAAAAGUGACAGAAAAUAACAGAGUAGAAACGUUGAAAAUGGAAGUACUUGAUGACCAGCUGAAGCAAAAUCCAUGGCCUUUGGAGAAGAGCAUAUUUGAGAGUCUACCUCCUAGACUUCGUAAAGCACUGCAGGAAGCUUGUAAAGAACAGAAUGGGUUCUAUGCUCAGUUCUCUAAACUGUUCCCAAUGCGGGUGAUAUCCUAUCUGCUGCUACCAUAUACACUGCCAGUGGAGUCUGCUUAUUCUGUGGCUUUAAGGUUAGUAAACUGGUUUCCUGACAUGCCUGCUGAUGUUCGAUGGAUGCAAGAACAGCUCUGUCAGAUCGCUGGUACUGUUUAUUCCCACGCUAAAACCAAGCUGUUCUCUACUGCCAGGAAAGACAAUUAUACAUCACUGAGAAAAUGUCAAACUGUCCCAUCUACUAUGGAAUUUCAUUCUUCAUACUGCCACUUUAAAAUGCCUCACUCUUCCAUGGACCUUGAAACCUGGCUCUGGGAAUCUUCAUGCUUCAUGCAUUCACCUAUAAAAAAUGCUUCUGCUGACAUGCAGGAGCAUUCUGACUUGAGCUCCUAUCCCAAUUUUCUCCCAGACCAUGAUGAGUCUGGGCUGGAAAUAGAUUUGGACUCUUCCUCUGAGUCAAGUUUCCAUACUGCUCCAGAGUAUUAAUUUGGAAGUAGAUUCCAAUUUGCAAAAUUCCAAUUUGGCAGAGACAUUUACAUCUUAAAGGAUUAAAGAUCAUUUUGUUUAUUGCCAAUAAGUCUUGGAAAAUUACUUGUUUACAGCUCCCUGACAAAUCUGCCUCAGGAAUUCUACUGUUUGAGGGAUUCUAAAAGCAAUGGCUGCUACAAGAAGUAACAGACUACAGUUCUGUUGAAGCACCAGCUGAUCAGUGGUAGGAAUACUUGUAGUAAGCAGUCUCUCUCUGGAGAUACCUUUGAAACAAAAUGUCAACUCUUUCAAGGUUGUGAGACAAGCAUUGAUAACAAAACCUUUUUUAAAAGAGAAUUCUUAACAAUAUGUUUUAGGGUGACUUUUAUAGCACUUAAAUUAAAUUGGACUUUUACUUCAUAAAGGGAAAUACACCCAAAAAAGCUGUGGUGUGUUGUUGCUUUUUUCCUUAGUGGCCUCCUGUAUCUCUUUGCCUUAUGUUUAAACAUACUGUUGUGUUUCUGGAAAAGUGGUGUGCAGGAGAUACCAUAGGAGCAGUAUUGCUGUAGGUUGAUGUAUGUACUCCUUGUUGCACUUCUUUAUGGCUCUCUUCCACUACUUCAAGGGAGAAGGACAUAAGAAAUUAUGUUUGUUCUCCUGAUGUGUAAGCACCUACAGAUCAAGUGAUUUCAGAGGAUUUUUAAUUUUGUAAUUAAGGGCUUGAUAGUUGAGUAUUGAAAAGUAGGUAAAGUAGUGACUCUUAGUAGCAAACAGUAAGUUGAGGUGGUGUUAAAGUUUUACAGAUUACAUAAAUCAAUGUAUAGCAAGUGGUGAAGGAUGCUUAGGUCUUCUCUCUAAUUGCUGCUGAAUUGUUCUCUUAUUUUUAUUCAUACACCCCACCUUGAGAUUUUCUUCCCUCCUUUCACUUCCUUCUUAAUAAAGGAGGGAAGAAAAAAGAGGUCCUUCCUGUCUCAGUGAGAAAGCUUUUCAAGGCUGACUGGUAUAAGAAGCAAAUACUAAGACUUGAUAGAAGGAUCAAAAUCCAGGGAGCUGCAUGCAAACAAACUGAAAGUUAGCCAGGUCAUACCUGUAUUGAGCAGUGAGCAUUUUGAAACCAUUUUCUCUACAGAGAUUGUCUUUGAUGAAGGCAAUACAGUGUAUGAGCACAUACUUAGGAGAAUAAACAUCGAUAGCUUUAAAGUUGUGAAUGUGUUUGAGGAUAGGCAUGUGAUACCUGAAAGAAUUCACAUUCUUGAAUGAGAAGCUAUCUGUGAACCUUGGGUGCAGCCCAGGAAAUAGAUGAAGAUGCAUACUGAAGUGUCUCAUGCAGGGAGAAUCAGUGAUGAGAUUAUAAUACUGAGGAAAGAGAAAUGUGGAGUGUAAACAUUUGUCCACAAGUCUAUCAAACAGCAAAAUGUAGCAUUUCUGAAUUGGAUUGGCCUUUAAGGAAUUUAUCAGUUGUGAUUUCCCUAAGCUUGAAGUGCUAAAUUUUACAAUGGUAAAAUUGAUUUUAGAAUGAUGUGAGACAUGGGAGAAAGUGUCAGGCUCUCCUUUCCAUACUACAGAACACUGGUGCUAUUUUACUUCAACUCUUUUGUUUCUUCUAUGUACAGAACCUCAAAUCUGCAAUCAGAGUUGGGAAUGUUACUCUUAACUACAAUCAAAAGACACAAGAUCUGUUUUAUAUUGUCUUUAUUUAUACUUUCUGUAAUUUUAUAAUGUUCUGCAAAGCAUUAGUUUUACCAAUGUGUGUUGGAAUUUAAACAGGAAUACCAAGCUUUGCUUCCUUUCUGUGUACUGGAAUAGUUCUAGUAGCUACAAUUAAAUAAAUCUUAAUCACUUCUGUUGUGUACAA